AUGAUCAAAAAAUACUUUUCAUCCAGCAAGGAUGAAUCAAUUGACACAGUAUAUGAUUAUGAGGUGACAGCAGAAGCAAAUCAAGACAAAUUACAGUUUGGCAUCGACAGAUCAAAACAGGGAUCAAGUUUUACUGCCUUCUUUAAUGUUGUCUGUGUUGUCGCGGGUACUGGUGCACUGGGCUUACCUUACGCCCUUAGUCAAGGUGGAUGGAUUGGUUUAUUCAUCUUGGGUCUUAGUUGGAUUUUAUCUGUUUACACGGGCAUUAUUUUAAUCAAAUCCAUGUAUUAUGACGGAACACAUCGUUUGUCUUCUUAUCAAGAAGUGGCCGAAGCUGCCUUUGGUCCCAUUGGCGGCUGGCUUGCUUUCUUCUUUACAGCUAUCACUCUAGUGGGAGUACCUGUCCUUUACCUUCUGCUAUCUGGACUCAACCUGCACAAUGUAGCCAAAGGUACAUCUGCCGAAUUGACAUUUCCUAUAUGGGUUAUCAUCUGUACAGCCAUUGUUGCUGUUCCCUUCUUAUUCUUUCGCUCUCUAAAAGAGAUUGGUAUUCUCAGUUGCUUCGGUAUGCUUUCUACGGUUAUUGUUAUUCUCAUCGUUCUUGGUGUCGCUGUUCAACAGUAUGUACCAGCAGAGCAGGCUCACCAUGAUUCUGUCAUCUGGGAUAUGUUCCCCAUUGCUCUUAGUUCCAUCGUAUUUAGCUUUGGUGGAAACCCUGUAUAUGCUCAUGUAGAAGCAGGUAUGCGUCGACCUAAGGAUUGGAACAAGGUCUGCUUUACCGGCCUUACCUUUUGCGUCAUCCUUUACUUCCUUACAGCCGUUCCCGGCUACUAUGUAUACGGUACAAGUGUCAAAUCGCCUGUGUACGACAGUUUACCCGAUGGCGGCCCUAAAUCAGCAUCGAUCAUCAUCAUCACCAUUCAUUUGAUUCUGGCAACACCUAUUCUGCUGACAUCGUUUGCUAUUGAUGUUGAAAAAAUGCUCAAGAUUGGUCCAGAUCACCGUUCGUUUGUAGUCGAAUGGAUCCUCCGUUGGUUAUUCCGUGGAGCACUGAUUGUGGCUAUUGCUGUCAUUGCCAUCUUUGUGCCCUUCUUUGGCGACUUUAUGUCUCUUCUCGGUGCUUUUUCCAACUGUGCGCUAGUCUUUAUCUUUCCCGUCAUCUUUUACUAUAAACUGACGGGUAUUCGAGGCAAACCUUGGUAUGAUUACAUCUUGGGCUUCUUGACUCUCUUGCUUGGUAUUGUCGGUUUAAUCUUUGGCACUAUUUCAGCUAUCAAGGCACUGAACAAUGAUUUUAAAAACCAAAACUCAUAG